CGACUACCAUCUCGCGGCCGAAGCCACCGGUGCCGGCCGGUGGUGCUGUCAGUUCACAUCGACGCUCAGCGCGAGACGCACCACACGAGCGUCCCAGACAGGCGCCACGAUUAUAACCACAGUAUCGUUGCCUACCUGAAAUACGAUAAAAUAAUAAUAGGAAGCCGAGGAACCAUAUCAUAUUAGUGAUAUAUUGAUAAAUGCUAUGAAGACGUCGAACGUCGGCGCAGCGGAUUUGGACGGCGGCGGCAGCUAGAGAGACACCGUCUCGUCAUUUUAUUAUAUAGGCCUCAGUCGCGAUCGACUUGUUUUUGUGACAUGCAGACCGGAAAAAAAUCCUGACCGUCCGGUAUAUUAUUAUAAUUAUCAUCAUAAUAAUAUAUUUUUAUAAUAACCGUUUUGUGCGAUUUAAAGUAAUUGUCCAAGACAAUAACGUUUUUGAUAGUGAACGAUUCGAUCGCGUGUUCGAUAUUAUAAUAAUAUUAUUAAGUGUGACGAAAUGAAGUUGACGCCGCUGCAGUGGCUCGCGGUAGCGGCCGUCAUCGUCGUCGUUGCGGUGGCCGCCUCGCCGACUGCAGACACUCCGCCUGCCACGGCCGAAGCCGCCGCCGAUAAGGCCGAAGAUGACGACGACGACGACGACGGUGGCGGAGGCGUAUUCCCGUUCAAAGCUCUCCAACUGUACAACACCGUGGCCGGUUACCUGGAAUACAUCUUUGACAUCGUCAUAGCACCGAUCACGGGCGGUGUAUCAAACAAGAAACAAUCACCCAGUCGAGUCUCGUACAAGAAAUUUCAAAUUAUCAGAGUGUUGCCGUCUGAUGAGGAUGAAGUACUUGAUAUAGAAGCAAUGUCCGAAGAACCAGGAGUGCAAGUUUGGAUGCCUAUACGAUUGAAUAAAACAGCAGAUCUCGUAUUACCACCUAGUGUAGCCAGAGACGUCAAACGAUUUCUAACACAAAGAGAAAUCAACUUCAUUGUACUCAGUUCCGAUCUAGAAAGAAGCAUUAGUAAACAAAAUCCUAAAUCGCCGUCUAUUACUCAAAAAUCAGAGUUAAAAGCAACAAAAGGUCAUGUAAUGACUUGGAACAGAUAUCAUCGUUAUCAAGAUAUUCUUGACUACUUAAUGUAUUUAUCAGAAAACUAUCCUCAUUUGGUGGAAUUGCUGCCUAUAGGAAAAACUGUGGAAGGCCGACCACUAAAAGUAGUAAAAAUAUCAAGUGGACAAACUAGAGAAAACGUUGUCAAGCCAGCAAUCUGGAUUGAUGCAGGAAUUCAUGCCAGGGAAUGGAUAUCACCAGCUGUAGCAUUAUUCAUUUUAAGGCAAUUAGUAGAAAAUAAAUCUUACAGAACAUUGAUUUCGGAGCUCGAUUGGUAUAUUCUACCAAUGAUAAACGCAGAUGGUUACGAGUAUAGCCAUACUGUCGAUCGUCUAUGGAGAAAAUCUAGGACUGCAGCCAUAAAAUCAGGAAGAACUCUGUGGGAUAUGUCAUAUGGUUGUGAAGGUGUUGAUUUAAAUAGAAACUGGGAUUGGCACUGGGCUGGAGUUGGCGCUAGUCAAGACCCAUGUUCUGACACUUUUGCUGGAUCACACGCUUUUUCGGAACCAGAAACUAGAGCAGUAUCUGAUUUUAUAUUAGACCACAGGGAUAGAAUACAAGUAUACUUAACUCUACAUUCUUACUCACAAAUGUGGCUAGUACCUUGGAGUCACACAAAAAAGCUUGCAGAUGAUUAUGAUGACAUGAUGUACUUGGCGAGACAAGCAACUGAAGCAAUUCAAAAAGUACACGGUUCAAUUUAUCAACUCGGCACUACUCCAUCACUGCUUUACACUACAUCAGGAUCUUCGGACGACUGGGCCAAAGGGAAAGCCGGCAUAAAAUACAGCUACACGAUAGAACUUCCAGACAAAGGAAUGUACGGGUUUCUGUUGCCAGCUGAGAAGAUUGUUACAACAGGAAAAGAAAUAUUUACAGGCAUUAAAUCUAUAGCAAAAUCAAUAUUGAAAAUUAACAGCAUGAAAGAGAAGACUAAAUUAAAAGGAUGACAUAUUAAACCUUUUGUCUUGACAUGAAAUUUAACGAGAAAACGACUUUCGAUUGAAUUCAAAUACAGUUAAGAACAAUUGAAAUAAACUGGCCAGAUGAAUAUGUUCAAAACUACUUUACUUUAUCUUAACUGUGAAGGUAGCUUUGUUCUUGUAUAAAAUACAUUAAUUAACAAAAUCCUAACCAUUAUUCAUAUUUUGUAUUAUAAUUUACAAGCAAAUAGUCCAGGUUAGGUUAGAUAAUUAAAUAAUUAAUUAUAUUUUAUACUUACCUAAGACUUAGCAAUAAUCGAUUCCAAUGUGAAAACAGAUUAAAGAUGUGAAGUCAUGCAUAAUAUUUAAUUAAGAAGUAUAGAACCCACAAAUUACAGCUAUUCUUUACAUUUUUGCUAAACAAUCUCAAAACUUGAAUCUACAAGUACCUAGCUGGGACUGAUCAUAUUACACAAUGUGCGAAAAAAGUUAUAUUAGGUAUGCAUUAUAUAUUUAAUACAUAAAUACAUAAUAUAUAUAAAUAUACACCCAUACCUAAUAUAAUGGUUGUAUUUUUAAAAGAAUAUAUUAUAAUAUAAUGUAUUCAAACUUGAAUUAAGGCACCUAAUAAAUUAUUCUAUUACAUAUGUAUAUAAAAGUGUAUAACGAGCUAAAGUACUCCACUUUGAAUAAU